AUGCUAUCGCUUUUUCGUGCCGUUUCCCGCCAGUCUCCAUGCGCCAGGGCCUCUACAUCUAGAUCCUUCCAUUCUCCUUUACAGAGUGACCAGAAAAAAUUGACCAGUAUCCUCGAUGAGCUCUCUGAGUCAAGCCCACCGGCCGCAGCCACCAACCCGAAUGCACCAUGGAUGCAACAGGGCGUACGCAGGAGGUUUGACUCUAAACUGUUCAUAAGACCUCAUUACUUCUCACAUGACCACCGCUUCAAGGGCCCUCCGCCAUUUCCGAAACGACCCCUCAUUGGUCCUGGCAGCAAGCAAGCUAAGAAACAAGACAUCUUUUACCAGCUCGGCGUCGAUCCUCUUCAAGAGGCUUCUAAUGACGUCCUCAUGAGCUCUUUCGUCACAGAAAUGGGAAAAAUAAAACACCGCGCGGAAACUGGUCUCACAACAAAAAGUCAGCGGAGGUUAGGCAAAGCCAUUCGUCGAGCGAAGAUGAUGGGUGUCAUACCCGUGCUCAGUUCUGCAAGGCUUCCUUGGAAUUAA